AUGGCAGAUUUCGUGGAUGAGCCUCGCGUGGUGCAAUCUGAGAACCACGGAUGGCAGAAGGUGACCAAUGUUAAGAAGCAGCGUCGCCAGGAGCAGAAAGAAUCAAAGAAGCCGUCAACUGCGGGGAAGUCUGCAGGUGGAAAAGGGUCGAUCGGCCAAUCCGUGUUUUCGUCGCUGGAGGAUGAAUCGAAGCAGAGGAGAGCGAGGAUCGAAGCUCGUGCAGCGGCUGCUGAAGCAGCCGAGCGGGAAGCGGAGCGUGCAGAGUAUGAUGCUGACGAUGAUGAUGAUGAUGACGAGGAGAGGGAAGCCAAGGCUCCAGCAGCAGCAGAGCCUAAGAAGCCCAAGAAACCUAAGAAGCCCAAAGUUACCGUUCUGGAGGCCGCGACAGCGAUUAAAGUGGACGAAUUGUCCGCGUUCCUUAUCGAGAUCUCGGAUUCUUUCGCAGGCAUGCCUGAUGUGCAGCUGAUGCGUUGUGCGGAUUUCUUCGCACGAGCCUUCAGCGCAGUGCUGCCGUCACAGCUCAACCUCCCCAAGAUCAUCCGAGAUUCCAGCCUGGCCAAAGCCCUUGACUUACCUUGGAAUGACAUUCCAGAGGAGGUUCGCACAACCGCCUCUGAAUGGCUGGCGGAGCGGCCUGCCGACGCGCUGGCGAAGUUUCUGGUUACCCUAGUGCGAUCUGCGCUGGAGGAUGUGCUGCCAGUCGGCAAGGUGGCCAAGGGGACUGCCGCACAGCCGCUGACCCCGCCCAAGGCCAAGGUGGGUAUGCUGGUGCUGCUGGUGCUGCUGCUGAGGCGACGACCUGACGUGAUGCUACAGGCGGCGGACUCCAUCCGCACGGACCCUGGCUGCCUCGGCCAGGACAGGCUGCCCGUGCUCGCCUGGAUGUACGGCCAGGUGGCAGUGGUGGAUCUGGUAUCGGGCAUGGCGCUGCUGGUCAGCAAUCUCAUGCCCUUCACAUCGGGCAAGCAGGGCUCGCCUGUGGGCCGUGACGUCACUCUCACCUAUUUCCAAACCGUGCUGCUGCGGGGCAACGAGCGCAAGGCCCGCGCGGUGCUGUUAAACGGGGCGUUUCGCAAGGGCGAGCGGCUGGUGCCUUACUCCACGCUCGACCAGUUCCUGCGCCUCGCCUUCCCCCCCGCCUCCGCUCGCACCAAGGCCACCGACCGCUUCACCGCUCUGUAUCCCCUGCUCAAGGAUAUCACGCUCGCAGGCUCGGGCCGAACCAAGUCCACCAAGGCUGUCGCCACAAUGCUGCUUCCGCUGAUGUUCCGAGCCGCAGGGGAAGAGCCGGAAGCGCUCGCGCAGGAGGCCAGCAGCCUGUUUGUGUGGUGCUUGGCAGAAAACCCCGACUGCUACCUGCAAUGGGAGCGGCAUCAUGCGGAGGACCAUGCCACGAGCACGCUUGUGCUCACCUCCGUGCUGCGCUCAUGGCCCACCGUCAAGACCCAGCUCGCUCCCUUUGACCCUCUGCGCAAGUUCCUUGCCUCCAUCCGCAAGAAGCUCGCUCCCUUUGACCCGCUGCGCAAGUUCCUUGCCGCCAUCCGCAAGAAGUUGCGUGCUGCUUGCUGUGCACUGUGCAUGCUUGCCAUUCUCCCCUGCUCCCGUGCCCCCGUGCCCCUCACUGACACAGUCUUGCCGCAUUCUCACUCCACACUCGUCCCAUAUGUGCUUCCCUCUUCCCUGGCUGUGCAGCACAUUGCGGCAUUGGAGGAGUUGGAUGAGGGCCAAAUAGCGCGGAAAAAGGACAUUCAAAGCGCCGACGCAGCAGCCAGGAAGCUGCAAGGGAAGGUGGCUGCAGGGGGGAGCUGUGUGGUGGUGUCGGCUGCUCUGGUGGCCGUGGCAGCAGCAGCAGCGUAUGCGGCCUACAACUUGCCACCUCAAGGCGAGUUCAACCUGGAUAUUGAUGCAGUGCUCGCACUGUUCAAGGGUAAUUAA